AUGACUCCAGUCCUGCUGGGCCGAGGCCACUCGUUCCCUGUGCUCGUUCUGGCCAUGCUGCUCUUGGACUCCCUGGGUGACAACUUAAUCUUUCUCCCCGAAUGGAGCUUUGACUCCUAUGAAAUCACCAUCCCGGAGAAGCUGAGCUUCCGAGCGGGGAGGCAAGGUACGACUAGCCCCUUGUCCUACCUCCUGCGGUUAAAAGGCAAGAAGCAUGUCCUCCACCUGUGGCCCAAGAAGCUUCUAAUUCCGCGACACCUGCGUGUUUUCUCCUUCACCGAAGAGGGCGAGCUUCUAGAGGACCACCCGCAUAUGCCUAAGGACUGUGUCUAUCUGGGCUCAGUGGAAGAGGCAGAGGAUUCGGAUGCCACCCUCAUUACGUGCAUGGGGGGUCUCCGAGGCGUACUGAACAUCGAUGCCAAACAGUACCAAAUGGAGCCCCUCAAGGACGCUAACCAUUUCGAACACGUCGUCUACCUCCUGAAGAAAGAGCCCUUCGGCAAUCAGACCUGUGGCUUGACUGAUGAUGUGGUUCAACGUGAGAUGCGCCACGGCAGAGCUGAUGAUAAGCUCAGAGAUUAUUCCAAUUCUUACAAGCACCAGAAAUAUUUGGAGCUGCUCAUGGUCUUCGAUCAGGGGAGAUACAAAUUCGUGAACAGCAAUCUUUCUCAAGUCGUAAGCGAUGCCAUUCUUUUGACUGCAAUGAUGGACACAUACUUCCAAGAAAUCAGUGUGAGAAUAACUCUGAAAGCUCUUGAAGUAUGGACAGAUUUUAACAAGGUGUAUGUCGACUAUCCUACUUUAUCUGACGUUUUAAGCAGGUUCUUGGUAUAUAGACAGCACGAUCUGUACCCCCGACUUCCUUCUGAUUGGACACAUCUGUAUGUUCACAGGAAGUACAGUGAUGCUCUUUCUUGGUCCUGGGGUAAAGUGUGUUCUAAAAUUGGCGCUGGAUCCAUAAGCACCUUUAUGGGUGAAAAUGUCCUUGGACCUGCCACCUGGACUACUCACGCAGUGGGCCAUGCGUUGGGAAUGCAACAUGAUGAAGAAUAUUGCCAAUGCAAGGGUAGGCAUAGUUGCAUCAUGGGCACAGGGCGCACUGGGUUUAGUAACUGUAGUUACAUCUUUUAUAUUAAAUUUGUGUCUGUUGGAGCAAAUUGUCUAAAUAAUAUCCCAGGACUAAGUUAUGUGAUUAAGAGAUGUGGAAACAAAAUUCUGGAAGACCAUGAGGAGUGUGAUUGUGGCUCAAAGAAGGAAUGUAAAAAAGACCGGUGCUGUGAACCCAAUUGUAAGCUAAAACAUGGUGCCAGCUGUAGCACUGGCCUUUGCUGCCAUGCCUGCGAGUUCCGUCCCUCUGGAUAUGUGUGUAGGCAGGAAGAAAAUGAAUGUGACCUUGCAGAGUAUUGCAACGGGACCUCGGGGUUCUGUCCAAAUGACAUGUAUAAGCAAGAUGGAACCCCUUGCAAGUACCAUGGCCUUUGUUUCAGAAAGGAGUGCCGGUCCAGAUUUAUGCAAUGCCAGAGCAUUUUUGGACCCGAUAGCUUGGAGGCUCCUAAUCGAUGCUAUGAAGCAGUUAAUGUAGAGGGAAAUCAGUAUGGUAACUGUGAGAUUAUAGGAGUGAGUAGCUAUAGGAAGUGUGAUAAGGAGAAUUCAAUCUGUGGCAGGCUGCAGUGCAUCAAUGUGAAAAGCAUUCCUGAUUUGCCUGAGCACACGACUUUAAUUUCCACCUAUCUGCAGCGAGACAACCUCAUGUGCUGGGGCACAGGGUACCAUUUGUCUAUGGAACCCCUUGGGAUCCCUGAUGUGGGUAUGAUAAAUGAUGGCACAUCUUGUGGGGAGGACAGGGUAUGCUAUAACAGAACAUGCAUCAACAGCUCCGCCCUAAAGUCUGACUGUGUGCCUGAGAAGUGCAAUGGCCGGGGUGUCUGUAACAAUCAUAAAAACUGCCACUGCAUCUACGGCUGGGCCCCUCCCUUCUGCGAGGAGAUGGGUUAUGGAGGGAGCGUUGACAGUGGGUCCCCAAGACGGGCCAGAGAUGACAUGCCUGCAUCAGCUGAGACUAUGUCUAUUAUGAUGCUGCGCCUGAUUUUACUGGGUGCCUCUGUGGUUGCUGUAUUUUUCAGGCAAGUGAUCAUAAAAUGGUGUACAGCCAAUCCUGAAAUGCCAAGAGAUUAAAAAACCCAAGGUAAAUAAAGUCAGGAAGCCCACAGAAAAAGAAACCAAGUGAUCCACAGUCAUUUGAUAACACAAGCCCAGUUACUUAACAAGCUAGCCCUUUAUCCCAAAUCACUUCCUUCUCCUGAUACCUUUUAGCCCACAUUUAUAUUAUGUCAGAUCAACAAAUAAAUGUGA